AAAGCGCUUCCGGCGACUAGCGGCUAUUGAGUUGUAGGUGAGCGGCGGGUUCCAGUCCGCGGCCCGCCGACGGGCGACUGGACGCCGUCGCCCAGCGGAGCAGCUUUACCUGAGUUCAAAAUGAACUAUAUGCCCGGGACCGCCAGCCUCAUCGAGGACAUCGACAAAAAGCACUUGGUCCUACUUCGUGAUGGAAGGACACUGAUAGGUUUUUUAAGAAGCAUUGAUCAGUUUGCCAACUUAGUGCUGCAUCAGACCGUAGAGCGCAUUCAUGUGGGCAAAAAGUACGGUGAUAUUCCUCGAGGGAUUUUUGUGGUCAGAGGAGAAAAUGUGGUCCUACUCGGAGAAAUAGACUUGGAAAAGGAGAGUGACACACCCCUCCAGCAAGUGUCUAUUGAAGAAAUCCUAGAAGAACAGAGGGUAGAACAGCAGACCAGACUGGAGGCAGAGAAGCUGAAGGUUCAGGCCCUUAAAGAUCGGGGCCUCUCCAUCCCUCGAGCAGAUACUCUGGAUGAGUACUGAGUCCUUUGCUCUAGAGAGCAAGGGCUCCCACCCGGUCACCAUACACAUAUGACCAGACAGAGACUGUCAACGUGAAAACUGAUCUAUCUUAUUCUUUCACAUAUGCCAACAUGAAGAAAUCAUGUGAUUUUGGUUUUUUAACAAAAUAAUUGUAUAUUUUGUUUUGCUUUUCUGUUUCAAACAGUUUCAUUCUGUAGCCCUGGCUGACCUUGAACUCACUACGUACAGGCUGACCUCAGCUUGUGGGAUCACAGGUGUGCUCCACCAUUGCCCUGCUUUGUGGUUUAGAGAAACCGUGGCUUGUGGAGCUGAGAAUCACAUCUCAAUAUUGCUUUUCUUAUCUCAGAGUUUCCAUUUCUUUUCAAAAGAUAUUUCCCUUUUUAAUUGUAAAUAAAGAAUGAAUCUCUUAGUGUCA